AUGGGGUGUUGUAACAUAUUCAAGCUUCCGCGCCGAAAGCAGCGAGAGAAACCUGGAACACCGAUACCGCCCAUUCCCGUGCCCAUCAGUGACGACUCACAAGAGAAGCGGAGCGAGGAGCGGCCGAAAAGUUCCGUCACGACCGAUCUUCAAUCUAAGAGCACCGGGACUCCGGAACCCGCAGCGCAGAGCGUACCCGGACGUCUCUGGAAUCUGGCCUAUGACCAGCUCAAAGCAAAGAAUCCCAGAUUGAUCGAACACUAUGAGGUUAUUCUCUCAAGUAGACUCGACGAUCGAGCGCUCGAUGCAACAGACGUUGACCUUCAAUCCAAUAAGAUUAGCUCGGGGCUUCACAGAUCGCUUCAAAUGCGACAGCUUGUCGAUACCAGUUUGGAAAGAACAGAGAAGGAAGCUGCGACCAAAGAAGCAGUCGCGCAAGGCCUGCAGAUAUUCACUGUUGUCAAGGAUAGCGUCGCAACAGCUAUCAGAGCCUCUCCAGAAGCUUCUGUGGCCUGGGUACCGAUCUGCUUUGCUCUUGACAUACUUUUGAACCCGCUCACUCAAGCUUCUUCUAACAGAGAAGGAAUCGCCUACGUGGUGUCGAGAAUGGACUGGUACUGGCACCUAGCCGAUCUUCUUCUAGAGAACAAUCAAGAAGUACAACGAUCACAGCCUCUGCAAGAGCAACUUGAGAAAAAUCUCGUGGAACUUUACGCCAGUCUCCUAGAAUACCAGGUGAAGAGCAUAAUCACGUACCAUCGGCGACGUGGCAUCGUCUUCGCAAGGGACCUUAUCAAGUGGGAUGACUGGGAAGGCGAGCUGGCAGCGAUCAAGGACACGGAAGAGUCAAUACGGCAAGACGCAGCGCAAUUCAACACGCUUGAGAUUCGCGAUCAACUUCAGACCAUCGCCAAGAAGGCCGAAUCACAGGAUACCAGCUUGCAUAACAUCGUGUCUAGUAUCCAAGAGCAGACAAGGCGCGCUGUAGAAGAUACGAAGACUGCUGCGGACAACGCAUGUCUUCGUGACUGGUAUUUGACCAAUCCCAGCGACGACAAGAAACGUCUGGAAGAUGCAAAAGGGGGUUUACUAGAUGGCUCUUUUCGAUGGAUUCUGGACAACGCGAUCUAUCAGCGAUGGUGCGAAGACCCUGAUAUGCGACUAUUAUGGAUUGAAGGGUAA